CCGUUCAGCUGCUAAAAACAGCAUCGGUACUAUUGCGCAGUUGUGGUUUUUGACAGUUUGACACUUUGACACUUGACCAGAAGAUUUUACUUUAGAAGUAGAAGAACAGGACAUGAUGACUGAUGGUGAAAAUGUUGCCGUUGAAGGCUGUGGUGCACCUGGUCGUAACCUGACUUACCCGCUCUACAAGCAGUUUCGUAACAUACCUCUGGAACAGAGUGAGGACACAUGUCUACACAACGCUGCCCAUUUGGGAGAUCUGGACACUCUCAGAACCCUCCUACAAGAAGACCGCUUCAGACAGCGGAUUAAUCAGAAGUUGAUCAGGUCAUGUGGUUUGCUGCCUUGCACACCCCUGCGCAUUGCUGCCAUGAUGGGUCGCAGCGACUGUGUGGCCUUUCUGAUCUCUCAGGGAGCAGAAGUGGACCUGUUGGACGUGAAGGAUCAGACGGCUCUGUUCAUGGCUGUGGUUAAUGGACAUCUGGACUGUGUGAAAAUCCUUCUGGAAGCCGGUGCUGAUCCCAACGGCAGCAGGCAUCACCGAAGCACACCCAUAUACCACGCUGCACAAGUCGGUCGAGCGGACAUCAUGCUGGAACUGAUCAGGUUCAAUGCUGAUGUUGACAUAGACCACCGACUGGAGCAGAAGGAUAUAUUCGGCACUCGUACUUUGACAACUCUGGCAGCCUGUCCACUGUACAUCAGCGCUGCGUGCCACCAUCUCCCCUGCUUCCGGAUGCUUCUGAAGGCCGGCGCCAAUCCUGACUACAACUUCAAUGGCCCCGUGAGCAGAGACGUGCUGGUCAAGGGCCGGGCCUCCUGUAUGCUGGAUGCGGUUCUCAGACUGGGAUGUGAUCCAGUAUUUGUUAGCUUGCUGCUGGAUCAUGGUGCUGACCCACAUGUAGUGCACUGGGACGAGCUCGAUCCUGACACAAUGAUUCGGUUAAAGGUCAACGCCGAAGCUCUUCGUGUCUUCCAGGAGGCCAGAAGAAACCCUCAGCGACUGCUGAACCUUUGCCGCGUUACAAUCCGCAAGAUCUUGGGCAAGAAGAAUCUGUCAUGCAUCUCAUCUCUUCCACUGCCGGAAACCAUCAUCAAAUUUAUCUUUCACAAUGACUGAUGUACUCCUACUUCUGCCUGUAUGGAUGGUCGAUUAAAGGUUGUUAGUGACCACUCACUCUGCACCAUGAUUUCAAUGGAAACCAACAGCAUCCGUAAUGGCAAGACCUUAUUGCUCUCCUGGUGAAGUCUGUGGAAACCGAAGACGAGCUAUCGAGGCCUUGGCUUUUUCCCAGACGAAACGUGCUCCCAUUUACCCAACAGUCUGGACGCCAGCCGGAGACAAAGGGCAGAUGUUAUGAUGCAGUGUGUGUUUCUCCGACUGACGGACACUGAGAUGCACUGACUCUCUGUGCAGGCUGGCGAAGAGGAAAUCUUCAUAUGGUAAUCAAGGAGGAAAUUAUUUUUCAUUGCCCCCGAAAGAGCAGUGCUUUGCCAAGCAGUGUUGCUCCACAUUCUGCCGGUGGGAUGCCAAGUCCUUUCCCCUUGACUCCUUCAGGAGCGCUGAAGGCUUCCUUUAACCCUGCUGAGACACCACACCAGAUGGACCACGCCACACGAUGUCCUACGAUGAUGGCCAGAUACUCAGAGUGGGGGUACCAUCUGUAAUGUUUUGGUAGAGUGGUUGGACCCCCGACUGAACCUAGCAGGGGAUGAGUUAGAGCAGAUAGUGAAGGAAAAGUGGCCAGCAAGCGUGUGGAGCAAUACAAAGCAAAUGCGAAUGUGCAAACUUUUGACCUCUGACAUAAAAUCUGACAGCUCGGCUCUCUUGGAUAAAGUGGGAUUAGCAGUGAAGUGGGCCCGCAAAAAAGAGACGCCGCCUCUCGCUUCUCACGCUCCUCUUCAUGGCGUGACGAUCGGUGACAUCUGCAGACUUCUCACCGUGUUACACCUCCUGGCACUCGGGACACUUUUUAUAUUCUAAUUUGUUGUGGGUUACAAACAGGCCUCCUUUUGCUCAUCCAGACGCAUGUUGUUUGUUUUGAAUGAGGCCUUAUGUGGACAAAGCUGUGGCACUUGUUCUCGUGUGCCAGAUUAGAGAAUGGCAAAAGGAUGGCAGUUCAUGUUUUUUGUCCAUGUGCUGAAAGUAAAGCGAAAUGGUUUAGCCUGGCAGUGUGCCCGAUUCAGCAACAUCCAGAUUUGAGAACACUUUUGGACGUUUUGUACCUCGAAAUAAUUAGUUCACUGAUAUUUAUUUUGUUAAUUUAUUCUCUUUUUUAUUUAUUAAAUGUUUUUAAUCAAUAAUUUUGUCCUCAGUUAUUUAUUAAAGUAAUAAAAUAAUGUGUAAAUAUCUUUAUAUAAAUAAAUAAAAAAGAAACGUCUUAA